AUGGGGGCCGUUGAUGAAUUGGAUGAUGUGAUACUUGAGAAUAUACUGGGUCGACUCGACGCCAAGUCAUUGCUACGGUGCAGAUGUGUAUCUCGAGAUUGGAAUUAUGUGAUUACAGAUCCUUACUUCAUCAAUAACUCAAGAGCACGUCGAAUGAUCUUUGUCGUCACCGACUAUGAUAACCUUAUUCAUCUUGUAGACGACAAUGACCGGCCGACUCAUUCGAUGCUUCAGUUUCAUGAUUCUUUCGAUUACUACUUUAAAAAUUUCUCGUCCCAUAUAUAUGUUGACGAAUAUUCGUACCUUUGUAAUCGGGUAAGAGUUCUUGGUACACUCAACGGCAUAGUGCUUUUGCAAAUUUAUGGUGGCAUCUACGCAAAACACCCGCCUUCUUGCGAAGGUUAUUUGAUGCUAUACAAUCCUUUUAUCGACGAAUCCUUGCUACUUCCGCUUGCAACGCCUUAUCGGUAUUGUGUACUGCCCCGAUAUUGGGACAGCGACUGUGGUUGGGAUCAUGAAGAUGACUUUCCCCACUACACAGUCUAUGCCUUUGGGUUUGGCUACGGUCGUGGUACCCCAGAUGAUUGGAAAAUUGUUCGGUUUAGAGAAUACAACAAGCGUUGUCGCUACAAUGAUUGCAGCGGAGGUGUUUGUGAGAUCUUCAGUCUCAAAACUUAUACGUGGAGCAAGCCACAAGAGAUGAAUAUCAAACACAUUGUGUUUGAAACAACCGUGGGUACGUUUCUGAAUGGAUUUUUGUAUUGGAUUGCUAGUAGAAUGGACAAACUGCUUGUCCUCGACGUUGAAAAGAUACAGGUUUCAGAAAUGCAUUUACCAUUCCAACGAUCGUAUAGAGAGACUCAACGUUGUGACCGCUCACAUUUAGGUACCAUAAACGGAUGCCUUUGUUUUCUCAACAGAAGCAUUAACGAUACCGAUUUUAACCUUUGGGUGAUGAAGGAUCAAGCGGACGAGAACUCAUGGUUCAAAAGGUGCUCAUUUACAUUAGCCAAGGAUGUUGGUCGUGACCCCCACCAUUUUGUUUGCAUACUGUAUAAUGGAAGGAUUGUUAUGGAGAAUGAAGGAAAACUGCAUAUCUAUGACACAUCAGACGAUUCGUAUACAUCCACGGACAUUUCCGUACGUACCGGUGAACGUAGCCUUGCGAUAAAUGGCAUAGAGUACGUAGAGACCCUGGUUUCACUUUCAGCUAUUUCUUCUCAACAACUUCUAGCUAGCUAG